CUUCAGAGGCAGCAGCAGCAGCAGAACCCACUGAGAACGCCCCAACUACAGCAGUUCAGAGGGAGUCCAAGGAUUAAGUCCUCCAGAGACCACCAGGGUCCACCAGGAAAAUCUGGCAACACAAAAUGAUCAUCAUCUUCUUUCUUGCUCUUCUUCCAGCAGGUCAACCCCAGGAUUCCCAGGACUUCCAGGACUUCCAGGGUCCUAAGGACCUGCAGGACCUCCAGGACCACCAUGAUUCCUGGGACUUCCAGGACCUCAAGAACCUCCAGGACCCUCGGGACUUCCAGGGCCCCCAGUACAAGUGGGAUCGCCAAGAUCUCCAGGAAUUCAAGGAUCCCCUGAACCUGAAGGACUUCCAGGACCCACAGAACCUGCAGGACUUCCAGGACCCACAGAACCAGCAGGACUUUCAGGACCCACAGAACCAGCAGGACUUCCAGGACCCCGAGGACCUCCAGGACCCCCGGAAUCUCCAAGACCUCCAGGACUUCCAAGACCCACGGGACCUUCAGGACUUUCAGGAUCCCUUGAAACGCCAGGACUUUCAGGACCCUCGGAACCCACAGGACUUCCAGGACCCACAGGAUCUCCAGGACCCCCGGAAUCUCCAAGACCUCCAGGACUUCCAAGACCAAUGGGACCUCCAGGACCAGUGCCCCGGGGGCUCCUGUAACCCACAGCUGGGUGACCUCAUGGUGGGUCGAGCAGCACAGCUGUCGGUCUCAUCCACCUGCGGUCUGGAUGGACCUCAGAACUACUGCAUCAUCGGAUACCUACAGACAGAGCAGAAAUGUUUCACAUGUGACUCUCGGCUGCCGUACAAUCGCUACAACAACCCCAACAGCCACCGCAUCGAGAACAUCAUCACCACUUUUGACCCUGAGAGGAAGAUGAAGUGGUGGCAGUCCGAGAACGGAGUUCAUCAGGUCAGCAUCCAGCUGGAUCUGAAGACAGUGUUCCAGUUCAGCCACCUGGUUCUAACCUUCAAGAGCUUCCGUCCGGCCGCCAUGCUGGUUGAGCGGUCGAAGGAUUUCGGACGAAGCUGGAAAGUUUUCCGUUACUUUGCAGACGAUUGUUCACUUCACUUCCCGUCAGUGUCAGCUGAUCCGGCCGAGCGCAUCGAUGACAUUGUCUGUGACAGCAGAUACUCCGGAUCAGAACCAUCCACGGAUGGAGAGGUGGUGCUAAAAGCUCUGGAUCCCGUAUUUGAAAUUGAAAAUCCGUACGCUCCAAACAUCCAAGAUCUCAUCACACUCACCAACAUCCGGGUGAACUUCACUCGUCUCUUCACUCUGGGAGACACUCUGCUGUCUCGGAGACGCAGGAACCCCGAGGACAAAUACUACUACUCUAUGUACAACAUGGUGGUCCGAGGAAGCUGCUUCUGUAACGGACACGCCGGCCGCUGUACGCCGCUGGACGGAGGACGGGGGGACGUCUUCACACAGCCGGGCAUGGUUCAUGGUCGAUGUGUUUGUCAGCACAACACGGCCGGAGAAAACUGUGAGCACUGUCAGGACUUCCACCACGACUCCCCCUGGAGGCCUGGAGGAGAAAACGCAGCCGACAUCUGCAGGAGAUGUAACUGUCACGGCCACUCGGACUCAUGUCACUUCGAUGCAGCUCGUUUCACAGCGACUGGCGGCAUCAGCGGCGGCGUCUGCGACGGCUGCCUCCAUGACAGAACGGGGCCUCAGUGUGAACAGUGCCGACCUUUCCUAUACCAGGACCCCCAUAGGGCCCAGGACGACCCUCACGCUUGCAUACCGUGUGACUGUGACCCGGCUGGUUCUCAGGGCGGCGGUCUGUGUGACGCUCUGAGUGGUCGGUGUGUCUGUAAAGAGAACGUGGAGGGAGAACGCUGCGAUCGCUGCAAACGCGACUUCUUUGGUCUGAGACAGGACGACCCGGCUGGCUGUCAAGCCUGCAGAUGUCACUCUUUGGGAAGCGUCGGCUCGUGUGAUCAGCUGACCGGAAGCUGUGAAUGUGAUCGUUUAGCCGUCCGACCGCUGUGUGAUCGAUGUGUGGAAGGUUUCUGGGGUUUAGGGCACUCUGUGUACCAAUGUUCACCCUGUGACUGUGAUAUUGGCGGAGCUCAAGGCACCACGUGUUCUCCAGAGGACGGACAAUGUCUCUGUUUUCCCAACAUGAUUGGUCGACGCUGCUCUGACUCCGCCCCCGGCUACUUCCUGCCUUCACUGAACUACUUCCUGUAUGAGGCAGAGCUUGCCGUGCCGCUUCCAGGAGCUCCGCCUCCUUCUUCUUCUUCUCUGCUGAAUCCAGCACUACCUCCCUGUGAGCAGUACUUCAGAGAGCGAGGGUUCGACUUUCAGGUCUCUAACGGACGAGUCGUCGUGGUCCGGAGGACUCGGAGACUUGCCCGCCGGCAGCGACAAGGACAGGAAAACAGCAUCCCUCUGGAGCUGGGCCACGCCCUGCAGAUCAUUCCUCGCCAGAGGUCAGCUGAUCAACCUGUAACCUGGACCGGCCUGGGAUUGGUCAGAGUCUUGGAGGGGGCGGGGCUUAGAUUCACCGUGGACAACCUCCCGUCAUCAAUGGAGUACCAGCUGGUGAUCCGCUAUGAACCAGAGUCUCCGUCUGAUUGGCUGGCUUCAAUAAGCAUCAUCAUGCUGUUGCCGGGUGACGGCGGCUGCAGCAUCGACCCGGCAGGAAGUGACACUCUGAUUCUUCCUGGAAACUCCAGAGGAGGGGUCCUGGACUGGCCACUGUGUCUGAAUGCAGGAGGCCGGUAUUUCGUGGACGUAGUUUUUACCAAACAGUCUGGAUCUGACAGCUCACACAUCCUGGUUGACUCGAUGGGACUGAUUCCCAGAGUCGAGUCGGUCCAGGACUUCUGCUCCCAGAUGGACCUCGACUCUUUCCGUCGCUUUCGCUGCUCUGGAUUGGCUGACCUCGGCUCUGAGGAGUCGCUGCCAGAGGUGUGUGAGGGACUCAUCAAGAGUCUGUCGGCAAGAAUCCACAAAGGAGCUGUUCCUUGUGGCUGUAACGUGAUUGGCUCUCGUGGACCUUACUGCAGUAAACUGGGUGGGCUCUGUGAAUGUAAACCAAACGUGAUUGGUCGUUGCUGUGACACCUGUGCACCACUGACAUUCGGCUUUGGAUCUGAAGGCUGCCAACGUUGUGAAUGCGACCCUGCAGGCUCGCUGUCGGAGCUCUGCGACCAGGUCAGAGGUCAGUGCGCCUGUCGGGCCGAGGUAGCGGGUCGACGCUGCGACCGCUGCCAGGCGGGAUUCUGGGGCUUCCCCCGGUGUCGGCCCUGUGGAUGUAACGGCCUGUCGGAGGACUGCGAUCCAGAGAACGGAGAGUGUUUGAACUGCAGGGAACACAGCACUGGACCCAGCUGUAACAGGUGUGUGGAGGGUUACCACGGUGACCCAACAUCUGGACAGCCCUGCCAGCCCUGCCUUUGUCCAGAUGUUUGGAGCAGUGGACGAUUCUUCGCCACUUCUUGCCAAUAUGAGCCACAAUCCCUCAGUCUGACCUGUACCUGCCAGCAGGGGCACACAGGUGUACGCUGCGACAGGUGCAGCCCUGGUUUCUAUGGCGACCUGACGCUGCCGGAUGCCUCCUGCCGGGAGUGUUCCUGCAGCAACAACAUCGACCUCAGUGACCGCGACGCCUGCGACGGCAGGACAGGAGAAUGUCUGCGCUGUCUUCACAACACCAUGGGAACGCACUGCCAGACCUGCAGACCUGGUUACUAUGGCAAUGCCCUGCACCAGGACUGCAAAGAAUGCUCCUGUGACCGGCGGGGGACACAGGUGACUCAGUGUCCUCUUGGGAGUCCCUGUUUCUGUGAUCCGACCACAGGACAGUGUCCCUGCAGGACAGGGGUGAUGGGAGACCUCUGUGACGAGUGUGAGGACGGAUACUGGAACCUGGACGGAGCUUCAGGAUGUCAGACCUGCAGCUGUGACCCCGUCAACUCUUUUUCCAACGUCUGCAACAAGGUGACGGGACAGUGUCCAUGCCGUCCUGAGUUUGGGGGACGACAGUGUGACGAAUGUGGAGAAAAUCAUUUUGGGAAUCCAGACCUGCAGUGUGUCUCCUGUGACUGUAACUUGGAGGGAACUGAGCGUCCAUCAUGUGACCCUGAAACCGGCGAAUGCAUCUGUCGGGUCGGAGUCACCGGUAUCUUCUGUGACGAGUGCGCCCCCGGCUACGACUCGGCGUUCCCGGUCUGCGAGCGCUGCCACGCCUGCACCGCCCUCUGGACCGAGAACGUCACCGAUGUCCAUCGAGCCGCCCAGAGGAUGAAAACCUUCAUCCCUCGCCACAACGACGACAAGCAGCUCGCAAGCCAUCACCAUCGGCAACAGAUGCUGGAGAUGCACUCCAAGCUGGACAGCCUCUCCAACAUGACUGGACUCUCCCUGCCAAAGGUGGAGAAGAUGCAGAAGAUGUUUGUGAAGAUCAGAAAGUUGAAAGAUGCCAUCGACCCAAACGUCAUCCUGAUCAACCAGUCUCCUCUCCUCAACACUGAAAUUGACAACAUUCAUCUGGAGUUCAAGAAGCUCUUAAACAGCUUGAAGGACAAACUCAUCAAGGAUUCAGGCACUGAGGACAAAGAGCAAUUGGAAGAACUGCUGGACGAGAUCCAGAAGCUUCAUAAAUCCUUCAUGUCAGAGGAGAAGAGGGUGAGGAAUGCCAACAGAGCUGUCGAGGACUCCAUGGACAUCAGGCAGGAGAUCAAACGCAAACUGAGCACGUGCAGCAGCAGAGGAGACCUGGCAACACUGGAGAAGAAAGUCAACGGACUCAGUGUGGUCAACCUCAACCAACAGGUCUGUGGAGCUGCAGGUCUGGAAGACUGCUCUGGAUGUGGUGGAGCUCUCUGUGUUCUUCUGGGUCAGAGGAAAUGUGGAGGUCCAGGCUGUGAAGGAGUCGUUCCCAUCGCUCAGAAAGCUUCAGAAACUGCAGAGACGGUGAAGGACCAGUUGAUCAAACUCCCAUCCAGACUCCAGGAGUCCAGGAACAAGAUCAAUGAAGCAAAGCAAGCGGCUCAGGACACCAAAGACCAGGCUAAAGACCUGCAGAACCGGAUCCACAGCAGCACCCAGUCCAUGGAGAGAGACAAGAACAGAACCAGGGAGCUCAUUCAGCGAGUCAAAGACUAUCUGCUGGAUGACAUGGUUCCUCCAGAAGACAUUGAGAAAAUGGCCAAAGCUGUUCUGAAUAUCCAGCUGCCAAGAUCACCAGAUCAGAUCCAAUCAAUGAUCGAUGACAUCAAUAAUUUGGUGACCAAUUCCACCAAAUUCCAGGAUGAUCUGAAGAACCUGGAGCUUCAAGCCAAGGCUGCCCAGGACCUGCUGCAGAAAGCUCAGGAACUCAAGGAACGGACAAAGAACAUUGAUGUGGGGGAGAUCAACAAAGAUAUUUAUGAAGCAGACAGAACUCAGGACAAAGCCAAUGACAACUUGGAGACAGCCAGCCGAGACAGAGACAAGACCAGGGACAGAAUCCAGGAAACUGAAGACAAACUGGACGAUGUCGAGGCGAAGCUGAUGAAUCAGUCUGACCAUCUUCUGAAGGAAAUCCAAGCUGUGAAGAACAAAACUGAGCAGAACAGAGAGAUAGCCCGAGAGGCUCAACAGGCUGCAGAAUCUGCUCUCAGCAACGCUACGGAAACGAAGACGGAGCUGAAUGACGUCAUGAAGCUGUUUGAGGUUCUAAAGCAGAAACAGCUGAACCAGACCGUUAGCGGUGAAGCUGCAGAUCGACUGAAGAACAUCGUGAAGGAGGCUGAGGACGUCCAUAGAGACGUGGAGAACAAACUCCGACAGAUACAAGAGUUGGAGCAAAAGAUCCAGCAGCUGAUUCAGAGGAAAAACCAGAAAGCUGCUGAAGUAUCCGAGUUGCUGCAGACAGUGGAUUCACUUCGACAGGAGAUCUCCAGCCGAGCCGAAGGAUACACCACCUGUACCUCAUAAAUACUGUUCAGUACUGCAGUACUGCUCCUCAUAAAGUCAGGAACUAAAGUUUUCAUUCUUCCAGACCCUGUACAUUAUGACAGUAAUAAGUUUCCGAUACCUCAGAAUUUUCUGUAAUCAUUGAAACACAACAAAACAAUCAUUCACUUUUGUUCUUUCAUAGAUUUAUUAAAGGUCUUCUGGAAAUACGCUACAUUGCCAAAAGUAUUCGCUCACCUGCCUUGACUCGCAUAUGAAUGUAAGUGACAUCCCGUUCCUAAUCCAUAGGGUUCAAUAUGACGUCGGUCCACCCUUUGCAGCUAGAACAGCUUCAACUCUUCUGGGAAGGCUGUCCACAAGGUUUAGGAGUGUGUUUAUGGGAAUUUUUGACCAUUCUUCCAGAAGUGCAUUUGUGAGGUCACACACUGAUGUUGGACCAGAAGGUCUGGCUCUCAGUCUCUGCUCUAAUUCAUCCCAAAGGUGUUCUAUGGGGUUGAGGUCAGGACUCUGUGCAGGCCAGUCAAGUUCAUCCACACCAGACUCUGUCAUCCAUGUCUUUAUGGACCUUGCUUUGUGCACUGGUGCACAGUCAUGUUGGAAGAGGAAGGGGCCAGCUCCAAACUGUUCCCACAAAGUUGGGGGCAUGGAAUUGUCCAAAAUGUCUUGGUAUGCUGAAGCAUUCAGAGUUCCUUUCACUGGAACUAAGGGUCCAAGCCCAGCUCCUGAAAAACAAGCCCACACCAUAAUCCCCCCUCCACCAAACUUUACACUUGGCACAAUGCAGUCCGACAAGUAUGGUUCUCCUGACAACCACCAAACCCAGACUGGUCCAUCAGAUUGCCAGAUGGAGAAGCAUGAUUGGUCACUCCAGAGAAGGCGUCUCCACUGCUCUAGAGUCCAGUGGUGGCUGCUUUACACCACUGCAUCCCACGCUUUGCAUUGCACUUGGUGAUGUAUGGCUUGGAUGCAGCUGCUCGGCCAUGGAAACCCAUUCCAUGAAGCUCUCUGCUGAAGCACUGUUCUGGAGCUAAUCUGAAGGCCACAUGAAGUUUGAAGGUCUGUAGCAAUGGACUCUGCAGAAAGUUGGCCACCUCUUGGCACUAUGCUCCUCAGCAUCCAUCAGUCUACGUGUCCUACCACUUGGUGGCUGAGUUGCUGUCGUUCCUACACACUUCCACUUUCUUAUAAUACAGCUGACAGUUGACUGUGGAAUAUUUAGGAGCCAGGAAAUGUCACGACUGGAUUUGUUGCACAGGUGGCAUCCUAUCACAGUUCCACGCUGGAAUUCACUGAGCUCCUGAGAGCGACCCAUUCUUUCACAAAUGUUUGUAAAAGCAGUCUGUAGCCUAGGUGCUUGAUUUUAUACACCUGUGGACAUGGAAGUGAUUGGAACACCUGAUUCUGAUUAUUUGGAUGGGUGAGCCAAUACUUUUGGCCAUAUAGUGUAUGACAAAAAACUGUUGGGUCAAAAAUAUACAAACAGCGAUUUGAAUUGUCAGGUUUACUGAUGUAAAAAGUUGUGUUUAUCAAAUUUUCUUAGUUUCAUGAGUGACUCCAGUUGACUGCAGCUGCUGACUCCUCUGAUCCAAGUUAAAUAGAACCAUUAGAUCCACUCAUUAGACUCAAACAGUACAGGGGGAACAUCUGAGGAGCUCAGCAAAGAUUUGAAGAAGAAAAUCAUUGACUUGAACAAGUCAGAAAGUCACUUGGAGCCAUUUCAAAGCAGCUUCAGAUCCAGAAUCAUCUGUUUGUCAGAAUAAAGUUCAUGGUCCAGGUGUGUUACUGCCACCAUCAGGAAGAAAACACAAACUAUCACCUGCUGCUGAGAGAUGAUUGGUCAGGAUGGUCACGAGUCAACCAGAAACCAUCAGAAAGCAGAUCUGGAUGAAUGAGAAGCUGCUGGAACACAACUGUCAGUGUCCACAGGGUUCUAGAGGAUUCAUGAAGAAGGAAGUUCUUCCUCUAGAAGCAGAACCUUAAAGCUCCACUCAUCACAUGGACAAAGAAAAGGCUCUGGAGGAAAGUUCUGUGGUCAGAUGGAACAAAAACUGAACAUGAGGUCUUUAACCCCAAGAACACUAAACCUACCAUCAAGCAUGGAGGUGGCAGUAUCAUUCUCUCUAGAACUGGAGCUUUCCACAAAGUAAAUGGAAUAAUGAAGAAGGAGCAUCACCUCCACGUUCUUCAGGAGAACCUAAAACCAUCAGCAGAAGGUUGAUCUUGGACACAGUUGGAUGUUUCAACCAGACAAUGAGUCCAAACACACAUCAGACGUGGUAAAGAAAUGAUUCCAUCAGGCUAGAAUGAAGGUUCUGGACUGGUCUCCCCAAAGUCCUGACUUAGACCCAUCAAGAACCUGCGGACUGAUGAAGAAACAAGUCUGAGUCAGAAACACAACACAUUUAGGGAGCCAGUUCUGUCCAGAGGAGUCAAAGAUAAACUAGAAGAUUGUAGACGGGAACCAAAGAACCAAACUGAGGUGGAAAUGGACAAAUUUAACCAAAUAUUAGCAUUUCUGUUUGUAUAUUUUUCAGCCUGUCCAGCUCAACAGGGUCAUGUUUCCCUGAUGAUUCUACCAAGGAUGUUCCCUUUGCAGUGGUUAGAUAGUAUUAGAUGUUAGAUUAUUAGACACUAGGUAGGUACUGUGGGAACUCAUUCAUCCAUUCACUAACUAGAUGAUGAGACAUCUGACCACCUUAAGAGAGUCAUAUUUCUAGAAGCUCUAUCAUAAAUCUAUAAAAGAACUAAAAUACAUAACUGUUUUUCAUGACAAAGAUUCAUGUGUUUCAGUGAUUCCAUCCUAGACAAUUCUGAGUUAUUGGGAACUAAUGACUGACUAAUGAACAGCGACUUUAUAGGUGGAUGGAAACGUGUUCAUGACUGUAAAUCCACAGUACUACUCCUCUUAAAUACUGCACUAUACUGCAGUACUGUUCCACACAAGUACCACAAAGCAGUGUGUACUGUAAAACUGCUAAGAGUAUUUGUUUUUCUGUAUCUUGUUUUUUUCCUGGUUUUGCAAAUGUUUGAUUUUUAUUUAGUAAAAUGUGCUCAAAAUGCUGCAUCAUAAAGCUGUUAUUGGUUCCAUCUAAAUGAAGAUGGAUAGACAGACAGACAGACAGACAAUUCAUCCCCUUGGGAAAAUUUCAAAGUAUCCAAUAGCUAAUAACAGAACUGUCAAUGAACAAAUUGUGCUCGUGGAAGAGAUGGCAUUAAGGUUCCUGAAAACAUCCGGUUUACAGAAAUGUGCAACAUUGUUGGUAUUUACAAUAAGAUGGUGUUUGCAAUAAAAUUGUGUUGUAAGAGUACAGAACUCUAUGGUACCAGCGGUGUAGAUAGAAAUGAGAGGGUUCUGGUGGGUAAAAGGUUCUAGCAGCCAACAGAUCAUGAGCCACUGAUCCAGACCGAGGUGUUCUAGAGCCUGAUGGAUGUGGAAGGAUCUCCUGAACCGUCCGGAUGAUCCUCCACUGUAGUUGCUCCUCUGUCCAGGAUGUUGUGGAGAUGGUGGCUGAUGUUCAGGAUGGACUGAUCUGUCCUCAGUGAGAACGACCUUCUGCUGAGCUCAGAACUAGCCUUCUUCAGCAGCCUGUCCAGCAACUGACCACAGCAGAGAACACUGGCUGGUAGAACAUCUGCAGCACUUCACUGCAUACGUCGACGGAUCUUAGUCUUCCGAGGAUGAACAGUUGGUUCUGCCCCUUCUGGUACCGGGUAUCUGUGUUCAUGGACCAGUCCAGUUUGUUGUCACGAUGCAAACCCAGAUAUUUGUAGGCUUGUACCAUUUCAGUGUCCUCCCCUCUGACCGGCUGUACAGGUGUAGACCUGCAGAAGUCCACCACCAUCUCCUCAGUCCUGGAGAUGUUCAGCAGAAGGUCCAGUCUGUGAAGGUUAAUCAGGUUCCUCUACUCACCUUCUUGCCCAGUCUUGAUCAACACCAGCUGUAUCAUCAGUCUUUCUGAACCUGUGAGAUGGUCCACAAUCCAGGAGGUGACCUCCAUCUCCUCCAGGUAGUUUCACAGUAUGUGGGGUUGAACUGAAGGAACAUGAUCUCUACAUGGUUCCUCUAUCCGAGGUUAGUAUCAAAAUGAUAUAAAUAAUCUGAAUGUUUUUAUAGUCAGUAAUGUUCCUGGGAUUUUAGAUUCUCAAGAACUGUGUGAGAAGCAUCUAAAACCAUCUAACCCUCACAUUAAGCUGCUGUUUGUGUUCAUCCAUCCAUCCAUUAUCUAUACACCGCUUAAUCCUCACUAGGGUUGCGGGGGGGGCUGGAGCCUAUCCCAGCUGACUCGGGCGAAGGCAGGGGACACCCUGGACAGGUCGCCAGUCUGUCGCAGGGCCACAUACAAAGACAAACAAGCACUCUCACAUUCACACCUACGGGCAAUUUAGAAUGAUCAAUUAACCUCAGCAUAUUUUUGGACUGUGGGAGGAAGCCGGAGUACCCAGAGAAAACCCACGCAUGCACAGGGAGAACAUGCAAACUCCAUGCAGAAAGAUCCCGGGAAAGCCGGGACGCGAACCAGGGAUCUUCUCGCUGCAAGGCGAAAGUGCUAACCACUACACCACUGUGCAGCCAUUGUUUGUGUUCAUAUCAGAGUUAAACAGUUUGGUUUCAUUUGUUUUAUUGGAGCAGAAAGCAGAUCCAAGAUGAUCAAUAAGAUAUUAAAUCUUUAUGGUGUAAAUGUGA